AUGAAGUUACAAAACAAAGCAUUUCCCGCAUUAAUCGCUUCAAUUUUUAUGCUCAGUUCUCUAAGUACCGUUAUACAAGUACAAGCACGCAUUUACAAUAAAUGUGCGUUGGCACGACGUCUCUAUCGCAUGGGUAUGCCUUUUCAUGAGCUGGACGAUUGGAUGUGUUUGAUCGAGGGAGAGAGCUCCUUCAAUACGAAAGCCAUAAAUCCAUCGAAUGUGGAUGGCUCCGUCGAUUGGGGUCUGUUUCAAAUCAACGAUCGCUACUGGUGCAAGCCGGCCGAUGGACGUCCAUCCACCGAUUCGUGUCGCAUGCCUUGUCGUCUACUACUGAGCGACGAUAUACGGUUUUCGGUCGCCUGUGCAAAGUAUAUACGACGCAUACAGGGCUUCAGCGCUUGGGUCGCAUGGAAUAAUCGCUGUCAAGGCUAUAAGCCGAGUGUGAAGCAUUGUUUUGUGCAUAGUGGACCGUACUUGAAAUGA